CUGAACACACAGUCACAUAAGAGGGAGAGGCAGCCAGCCACAGGUAGACGGAAACUGUUCAAAACCCUUUCAAGAUGUCAGGCAUCGCAGCCAAACUUCAGCAUUUCAGAGAGAAAUCCAAGGGGAUUGGAACCAACUCUCAUGCACUGAAAUACCUGAACCAAGACUUUGAGGAGCUGAGGAGGAGCUGUCUGGAGAGAGGACAGCUGUUUGAGGAUGACUGCUUCGAAGCUCUGCCUUCAUCCUUAGGCUUCAAUGAGCUCGGACCAAACUCCUACAAAGUGCGGGGAGUCACCUGGACGAGACCCACUGACUUGUGCCGAAACCCAAAAUUCAUCUCUGAAGAUGCUACAAGGACUGAUAUUUGUCAGGGAGCACUUGGUGACUGCUGGCUCCUGGCGGCUAUAGCCUCCCUAACUCUCAACAAGCAGGUUUUGUCCCGCGUUGUGCCCCAUGACCAAAGCUUUACUGAAAACUAUGCUGGAAUUUUCCACUUCCAGUUCUGGCAGUUUGGAGACUGGAUAGAUGUGGUUGUUGAUGAUCGCCUGCCCACCAGAGACGGGGAACUCCUGUUUGUUCACUCAGCGGAGGGCUCUGAGUUUUGGAGCGCCUUGCUGGAGAAAGCCUACGCUAAAAUAAAUGGAUGCUACGAGGCUCUCUCUGGAGGCAGCACCAUUGAGGGCUUUGAAGACUUCACGGGGGGCAUCGCAGAGCGACAUGAACUGGCGAGCCCAGAUCCACAUCUCUUCAAAAUAAUCCAAAAGGCCUUGAAAAGAGGCUCUCUUUUGGGAUGCUCCAUUGAUAUCACCAGUGCAGCUGAUUCUGAGGCGAUCACACAUCGCAAGCUGGUGAAGGGGCAUGCUUACUCUGUCACAGGAGCCGACCAGGUUGAGUAUCAAGGAGACAUGGUGCAGCUGAUCAGGAUCAGAAACCCGUGGGGUCAAGUGGAGUGGACGGGUGCAUGGAGUGACAACUCUUCUGAAUGGAGAUCUGUGAGCAGUGAAGAUCAGGAGCGACUGACCAACCGAUCUGAGGAUGGAGAAUUCUGGAUGUCCUUUUCCGACUUCCUCCGUGAGUAUUCCCGGCUUGAGAUCUGCAACCUUACCCCUGACUCUCUGACAGAUGAUGAAUCCCAGAAAUGGGCGGAGACAGAGUUUGAGGAGACAUGGAGGAGUGGUGUGUCAGCUGGCGGCUGCAGGAACUAUCCAGACACCUUCUGGACAAAUCCUCAGUUUGUGAUAAAGCUGGACGAGGUGGACGACGACCCCGAUGAUGGUGAGGAGGACGGAUGCACAGUCAUUGUGGGCCUGAUGCAGAAAAACAAGCGCUGUAGGAGGAAAAUGGGAGAAGACAUGGAGACUAUUGGAUUUGCAAUUUAUGACCUUCCAGAGGAGUACUCUGGCAAGACACAGGUGCACCUGAAGAAAAAUUUCUUCCUGCACAACCGUGCAGCAGCACGCUCCGAGACCUUCAUCAACCUGAGGGAGCUGUGCAACCGCUUCCGUCUCCCCCCUGGAGAGUAUCUCAUUGUUCCCUCCACCUUUGAGCCCAACAAAAACGGGGACUUCUACGUGCGGGUGUUCUCUGAGAAACAAGCAGAUUUCCAGGUGAUUGAUGAUCCAGUAGAAAGUCAUGUGGAGAAGAUUGAUAUCGAUGAAGAUGAAAUCAGUGACAGCUUCAAGAGGCUUUUUGGACAGCUUGCAGGAGAGGAUGUGGAAAUUUCUACAUACGAGCUGCAAAGAAUCCUCAACAGAGUGGUGAUGAGGAGAGAAGACAUCAAAACCAGUGGGUUUAGUCUUGGAACUUGCCGCAAUAUGAUUAACCUGCUGGAUAAAGAUGGAACUGGUAAGCUGGGCCUGGUAGAGUUUAAGAUCCUGUGGACAAAGAUUGAGAAAUUUCUGGAUCUGUUCAAAUCAAGAGAUGUAGAUCAGAGUGGGUGCAUGAGCUCCUCCGAGAUGCGGGUGGCCGUCGAGGAGGCGGGUUUCUCUCUGAACAACUCUCUCCAUCAGAUCAUUGUGGCUCGCUACAGUGAAACGAACCUCACCAUUGACUUUGACAACUUUGUGGGCUGCCUGAUUCGCUUGGAGACACUUUUCAACACUUUUGAGGUGCUGGACAAAGAUGGUUCUGGUACCAUUGAGCUGAACUUCAUGGAGUGGCUGAAUGUGACGAUGUUGCAACAGAGCUGCAAGCAAACAGAAGAAUCAAGAUGUUUUGUAGAUCUGCAUUAACAAAAUUGCUUAGAGUCAUCAACUCUGAACCUUUGUUUGUUUUUUGCUAUCUGCAGACAGAGGUUUGCUUAUAAGUUAAUCACUAGGGAUUAGUUUUGAGGGAACAAUUAUUGCCAAUGCUUGCCAACACAUUAAAAAAGGACAAUCAGCAAACAUCAGGUAAUUCUUUGGAAGAAGAGGGAUCUGCUUGGGCUGAAAAAUACAGCACCUUUCAUUUUGUUCUUAUUUAGAUUGGAAAACCUCCACAAAAGAGCAUUAAAUUGGGUAAAACUACUUUCUCCAAUAUCUCUGAAAGAAUGGAAGUUUUAAGAUCGGUACAUAAUGUGAAAAAAACUGAUUUUUUUUUUAU